AUGCGGAGUCAAGCUUGUGAGCCAUGUGCAAAGCGCAAAGUGCGCUGCGACAGAGAGGAUCCAUGCUCCAAUUGCAAGCGCCGAAAGCAGGAUCGUUGCAGCUACCCGGAACCCUCGCCAGUCGACAGGAUCAGAAAGCUUGAGGAUCUUGUGAGAUCUCUCGGUGGCAAUCCCGACGAAGAUGUCGCCCCUGGUGGUCGUCCGUUUGGCGUCACAUCCCCGAACUCUGUAACGGUAACCACAUCGCCCUUCGGAAGCCAACGACCUACUAGCUCAAGUAAUGGAAGAAGCAAAGAUCCUGUCAUUCUAGAAGAAGAUGGACAACAACAUUACCUUGAGUCUCGCGUGUGGCUUACUCAUGGCCAUCUCCAAGGCGGUACUCGCAUCGCGAACGCAAAACAUCCUCUGUUCCUACGGAACGCUAUUCCCGCCUUCCAAAAUAUCAUUCGCGGCAGAGACUCGCCUAUUUCUGUUUCGAGUGAGUUGCGAGAACAUGCACAGAUACUUUGGACUUUCUUCAAGCAGAGGGUCCACCCUUUUAUCAGGAUUUCGUUCACGUGGGAGCUAGAGCGUCUCGAGUCUAUCGUGACACUUUCUCCGGACUCAACACAAAUCGAUAUUGCUCAAAACGCGCUCAUAUAUUCCAUCUAUUUGGCUAGUAUCACCAGCCUCACUGAGUCUGAUUGCAGAACGAAUUUUGGCCUGUCAAAGCCCUUAAUGUUGGCAAAGUACCAGGCUCUAUGUGAGGAAAGCCUGGCAGGUACGGACAUUUUGUGUAUGAAAAAUACCAUGGCUCUAAAGGCGAUGGCGGUUUAUCUCAUGGCAAGCCUGGAUCGUCUAAGCACCCAAAGUCUAUGGACCUUAAUGGGACUCGCCAUCCGUAAUGGCGAGAAACUAGGCAUCCAUCGAGAUGGGACCUUGUUGGGGAUGUCUCCUUUUGAAACCGAGGAACGCCGACGCCUUUGGUGGCACCUGCAGUAUCUUGAUCUCAUCUUAGCGAUAAGGUUAGGAGUUACGCCCUCAACAUUAAAGGCAGAAUGGGAUGCUAGGCUGCCUCUGAACAUAGAGGACGGCGACUUCACUCCGGAGAUGAAGACUUUUCCAGAAGAACGAAAAGGCCUAACAAGCAUGUCGUAUUGCCUCUUCACUUAUUACAUCCUAGACGAGCAGCGGCAGUAUCAUGCGGAUAAGGGACGUUUUGAGUUAUCUUGGUCGACAAAUCAGUCAGUGCCCAUGCAGAUCAAGGAAGCCUUUAUUGAUCGGUUGGAGGACGGUUUGAACAAACGAUUCCUGCAAUACUGCGACCCGAUUAAGCCUCUUCACAUCUUGAUACAAUUAAUGUCGCGCGCACUUGUUUGUGUUUUCCGCCAUCGAAUUUUGUUGACGACUGGCGAAUAUUCAGAUCGGAUGAACCAAGGGAACCGCGGCUCAUUGUUGGCGUUGUCCAUGCAGCUGUUGGAAUACGCCAUUGUUAUGCAUUCACAUCGACUUCUUAGGGACUUUGAUUGGUUUACUACAAAUGGCUUCCCCUGGCCUGCUUUUAUGGUGGUGCUUGUUGAGGCAUCGCAGGAAACCAACAUCGAUGCAUGUCAGCGUAUUUGGGCUCUACUUUCAGACCUGUAUGCGGCCAAUGCCUCUCUUCUUGAGCUCACAGAGGAUCGACGAAGACUACAUGCGGCCGAACUAAUAGUAGCAGCUUGGAAAACAUGUAUGAGCAAAGGAACAGUAAGCCGGUCCACACCUACGCCUUCUAUGGUAUCAAGCCUAGAAAAACGACUGUCAGAGUGUAUGGAAGACGUGCCGCAGGCAUCAUCUGAAACCGAGGCGAAUGGAGGUAUACAUCGAGGUGUUAGAGAGUUGGAAAUUCCCGAGAGCUUCUUAAGUGAACAAGAGGCGAAGAACUUGCUUGACCUAGAUUUGCGAGACAUUGAUUGGUCGUUUUGGAACAGUAUCGACUAG